GUUCUGACGUUCAGUGUUGUCAGUGCCUUUGGUCUUAAGCUGAGCCAGGAAUUUGAUGCCGCCUUUCCUCCUGGACCUGGGACACAAGGAAUCUUAUUUAACCAACUUAAGAAGUUUGUGAUAUCCCAUCUUAUUUCCAACCUUUCGGAAGAGGUCAUUAUAGCAGGCGGGUUGACAUGGGACAAGGAAUGGGCAGCUGCCGAAUUAGCUCAUAAACCGAAUCAAACCAUCACUGAGAAUGAAAGUACAGUCAUUUUCCAUUACGACCAUAAUCUUUUGUGUCCUCUCUUUGCAUGGUAG